GGGAGUAAAUAAAACACGGGAGUAAAAAUCUCAUACUACACCGGAAAUGCAGCGAAAAAUAUCUAGUGUCUAGUUAACUUGCUUGACAAAUGUGGAAAUCAAAAUCGCCAAUUUGCAACUUUUUACCAAGUAACAAAAGUAGUCGAAUUAUUUGUCUACGUAAAGUGAACAUUACUUCUGUCACUCAAAAUAAAAGUUUAGAAGAAGUCACAACAAAUCACAAAAAAUCUAGAGAUAUCCCCUUUUUGUUCCUUCCUCAUACAGUCAACAAACCUUAUUUUGUACAUCCAUCUUCAACAUCUGUGCCAAAUAUAUUUGAAAAAUAUAAAUGGUUAACGAAAACUGUUUCUUCCAUUGGUUUACCAGAAACUCAUUCUUUAACUGAAGAGGAGCCAUCAUCCAUCUUUGUUAGAGAAUUUGAGAGAUCUCUGUUUCAAACAGUAGCUUAUCAGAAGUCGUAUGCCAAUAAAAACUUACGCCGAUUGAUACCCGAAAGAAUAGAUGGUUUAGUCUUUAACUUCAUUAGACUUUCUCUUCUUGAAGGUUCUUUAAAAAGUCAUUUAAAGCCUGAGAACUCGUAUUUAUACCACAACCCAGUGGUUGAAACCCAUUGGCCAAGGAAUUACAAGUUUUAUUAUUCCAAGUUCCAACCGAAUUGUGUACUGAAAACAAAAAAUAAUUUUUCAAUUGUCGAAGCACCAAAAGAACUGACCAGAUCUGAGGUUGAUUCAUUACCUGGUCCAUAUGAUACAUAUUCUAUGAAUGUUUAUCCAAGACCAGUUGUACACCUUAAUUACCGUCCAGGAACGGACUUACACAAAUAUAAUAACAAUCGGCACUGUCACACUAGUAUAGUGUUUAAUAAUCGUUUAAAAUUUGAUGAUCAAAUGUACACAUUUGGAAUGUUUACAAUGUUUGCACAGCUCAGUGCUCAGGCUCUUGCAGAAGGAGUUUUACAUGGGACAGACUUAAUGAAACCUUUAGUAACGCAAUGUCUAGUAACAAACGGCCAUAGAGUUACCUUUAUGUUGUAUCAAUUAAAUACAAUGAAUAUGAUGGACGAUAAAGGAUGCUGGAAUCGAACUUGGUAUACACCUGUUGAAAACAUGUACGAUAGUUCUGACAGCUUGCCUUUAGUUUUCGAGACUGCCGACAGGGGUGAAGUAUUAAAAGGGUUUAAUAAAAACUUUUGUAAGAUGUUUACAAACAUUAUUAGAAAAGAAACUUUGUAGUGAUUGAUGUUGUGUGAAAAUCAUUUUUACAAGAAGUUUUCAUAACUUUAUUUUAAAAAUAUUUAUAUAAAAGUA